CCUUUUAGUUCUCGCAGGACCGUCAAGGAAAAAAGCAUGCGCGUCGCGAAAAUACACAUCUCUGUGACGGCGAACGAUAUGCAAUUAUUUUGAUGGAAAAGUGAUUCGCAAAAAGACGAUGUUUUAACGCAAAAAGCAUAUUUCCGGUGAACAAAUCACCAAUUCGUUUCCUUCUCUUCUCAAAGCUGUACGACAGAAAUGUGGGUUUGGCCCUCAAAUUAAACAAAUGGGCUUCUGAGGGACUGCGGCUUUGGUCCCUGACCUAACUCAUUCAUUUUCAUAAUUGGUGAAAGUGGAACAUUUAUCCGGUUGCUAAAAUUCGAAUUUCGGGGUGCAAAGAUGGUGAUGUGAUGUAACUAUUUUUUUAUUUUCUUUUUUUUUUAAUAUAUUGUGCAUCAUGCUCCUUCGAGGAAUAAUCGUUUCCUUGUGUGGGAUACGAUCAACUAACAGCUAACAUGAGGAUUUGUAUACAAAUUCUAACGUACUCGUGACGAUUGCACGUUGGCUAGGAAGUAGCCCGAGGGAUGCGCGCUGGGGAGGAAUACUCUGAGCUGGCUGAUCUAGGCAGCUCAUAUUUAGGAGGAGGCCGCUACGGAGGCACCGCUUGGACUCGCACCCCGGGAAGGGCGCGGACUAACACAAUGCCUGCGGAGGCCGAGGAUGUGCUCGACCCCAACGGCAGCCCCAGGGGACACUCCAGGAGCCGCUCCGGGCUGUACUACUCUCCUCCCGGCACUUCCUACACUAUCGUCGAGAGGCCGUCGUCUGUGAUGCACCACCACUCUUCCAGGGACUACAAUACGCAGCACUAUAACACCCUCACGAGUCCCAGGGGUACGUAUCUGGGGUCAAAUCCGAAUUUCAGCACGGCAAGCAGAACAACACCAAGUAAUAACAAGAAACGGCCGAUUUCUCCAGAACAAGUUCUUCGUUUAUUCGGUAGCAAUAAUCAAUCAAACACUAAAUUAAAUCCAGAAAGGCCGCGAAGGUCUCCAGCUAGCAGUCCUCCUUCUACCACACAUCAAGUUAAUUAUAGAACUCCCUAUGGCCCUAGCAUCCAUGAGCUGGCAACGAGGACCGUCACGAUGGUCAGGGACCCACAGGAUGGGACCCAUGGAUUCGGGAUUUGUGUCAAAGGAGGGAAAGACGCAGGGGUGGGUGUGUACAUCUCGAGGGUGGAAGAAGGCAGCGUGGCAGAACGUGCAGGAUUGAGGCCGGGCGACUCAAUAUUGGAAGUUAACGGAACACCAUUUACGGGCAUCUCACACGAGGAAGCUUUAAAGAUGUUGAAAUCCUGCCGGAAGUUGAGCAUGACGGUCCGCUCGCCCACGCUUCCCUCGGGAUUAACUUGCGGAGGAGCCCCUUGGCAAAUGCGACAGACCUGUUCCUGGAUGGACCGCCACGGGAGGCCAGUGUCGCCUCCUUUGGAAUACGCACGAAGUGGGCAAGGGCCAAGGCAUGGUGGCUAUGGAUGGAAAGGGAACAAAGACAGGAGCAUACGAAGGGUGGACCUGUGCAUCGAACCAGGCCAAAGUCUCGGCUUGAUGAUACGAGGCGGCGUUGAGUAUAAUCUUGGGAUUUUUAUCACCGGAGUUGAUAAAGAUUCAGUGGCAGACAGGGCCGGACUUAUGGUCGGGGAUCAAAUUUUAGAAGUGAACGGACAAUCUUUUAUGGAUGUGACACAUGACGAAGCGGUGGCACAGCUCAAAUAUCACAAAAGGAUGAGUCUUUUGGUGAGGGAUGUCGGGAAGGUUCCGCACUCAUGCACUGCCUACGAUAGGGAAUGGGAUCUGUGCAGUCCAGGGAGCAAAGCAGCGCAAACAACGAGAAAAUGGGCGGCGGCCCUUCAGAUGGUGGAGGAAAAGGCGCGAUGUCUUCUCUCGCGUCCGGAAUUCACAACCCUUUGCUAUUACACGGAUGAGUACGCGUCCAGACAUAUGACCAUAGAUGCCUUCGUACAAGUCAUGACUGAACUUCUCAACACUCCCGAAAAGUAUACUCUUAUGACCGAACUAAGGGAGAUAGUAGCCAUCGAAGAUCGCGUAAGAUUCGACGAAUUAGUGUACAGAAGGGAUGUCGAAACUUCUAGAAUAAGAGAUCCUAGAGAGCACGAUUACAGACACUCGCGGAGAAAAGGAAUACCCAUCCCGGAUCCCAACCAACCGGCAAACUUUUCAACUUAUCACGAGGAGUACGGUCCAGUAAUAGAGCCACCUCCUGGUGUAAGUAUAAGUAACGAAGACGAUUAUCGCUCUCCCAGUGAGGAUUCAGGUUUAGGAAUGGGAAUUUCAGAUAGAAUUCAGAGAACUCGCCCACCAAGUGCCACAGGAAAAAUAGUAACCGCUUUAAACGACGAAGAUCACCAAACUCAGGAAUAUGUCAGCGGUGACGAGGAAAAUCCUCCGGGGACCCGGAGUCGGAGACACUCCAGUCCGGGGGAAUCCAGGUCCGGGAGCACCACGGCACUACAUCAGCAGGAUUAUCCAGAUUCUAGCGGGUACCUUGGCGGUCUGCGGUCGAGCUUAGGAGGGUGGACGCAGAAAGUCAAGUCUUGGUACUGGGGCAGACCUCUUGAAUUGGCCCACAAAUUGUCGCGGAGUUUCGACAUGAAGGACGAGCAGGCCCUUUUGGAGGGCGAGGGUUGCAUGCGCCGCCACCAGUCCAUGCAGCGCCUGGCCGCCUCCGAGGGGCCGCGCGAGCCCGCCAGAGUGAUCCAGGACGAGGAGGGCAAUCUGCGGGUCACUGUGAAGAAGACGAAGCCCAUCCUGGGGAUAGCCAUCGAAGGCGGCGCCAACACGAAGCAUCCUCUGCCGAGAAUCAUCAACAUAAAUGAAAACGGGGCUGCAUACAGCGCGGGAGGCUUGGAAGUGGGCCAGUUGAUCCUCCAAGUGGACGGCACGCGCGUCGAGGGCCUCCAGCACCAGGACGUUGCCCGCCUUAUAGCGGAGUCCUUUGCACGACGAGACCGCGACGACAUCGAGUUCCUGGUCGUUGAGGCAAAGAAAAGCAACAUGGAGCCGAAACCGACGGCCCUCAUCUUCUUGGAAGCCUAACACUUGCUUAGCCUCCCCGCUAGCGACCCACCGGGUCCCAGCAACGUCACCGACUGAGCUCUACUACUACAUAUCACUGUAUCAUCAACGAGAUUUCUUUGUUGGGCUGCGAUCAUCGCCUGAAACAAUGAAAUCUCGUCUAGGAGUAGUAGGUGGAGGGCCGUACCCGUUUCGAACACGUGGAGUGAGAAUGAAUUUAUUUUUUGAGGUCUGAGUGGGGCAGGGCCGAGCCGAGACAAGGGGCCACCCGUAAACAUAACGCCUUCACUAUGAUUAAAUUAGUAAUUGUAUAGAAGCAUUUCGAGCAAUUAUUUACGCUUUUUUAAAUUUCAUACAGCGUGUUAGGUAAUGGUUUAGCAAAAACUUAAAGGCAAAUUGAGAAUACCAAGACAAAUCGAUUAAGCAAAAUUUAUGUAAAUCAAAAAAAUCUUUCUAAAAUUGAAGUCCCAAAUUUUGAGAACCGCUGAACUAGAAUUAUAAAAAUUAGCUUAAAUUUAAUUUUAUUGACAAAAUGUCAAUUUGUGUUUAAAUUUUGUGUGUAAAUUUUUCGAAAAAAAAACACAAAAUCUUUUUUGCCAGGACCGGGAUUCAAACCUUUCACACAAAUAAACAUGUUAGCGACUAUUUUAAACAAUUCUCAAAACGCCCAUUUGUCAAUAUCUCCAUUUUUUUUAAUAAAAAAAACUUGCUUAUAAGCAACCAUAAACUACAUUGUGGUUCUCAACCGGUGGGUUAUCAAAAAUUUCUGAAGAAAGUACGCAAUUUUUGGAAAAAUGAUAAAGAGUUUUUAACUUGUCUGAUUAUAACAAUUUUACAUACGAGUUAUUACUAGGCCAUUCUCUAACACCCUGUAUAACAGACAGAAAGAUUUCUUCUUUUUUCUAGUCUAAUAUAAAGUCCAAGAAUAACAUUUAAAUGAGAACUUUUUUAGGGUCGUUUUAGGAUUACUGAAAGAUGUUUUUCAAAAAAAGUACUCGCCUGCUAAGCUCGUCUGUUAUUAAUUGUCAGCACACAAAUUGUCGCAAAUAUUCUAAAAUUUUUGACUUCGAAUUGUAUUUAACGAUCAACUGAAUGAACCAAAUUAAGCUAGUUCACAAAUCUACGUUUUACCAAUGUUUAAUUUUUAAAUUCUUCGGUUAAUUUUGUAAGAAACUAAUAAUUUUUUUAAACAAAAAUAAAAAUGCAAGCUUUUUUUAAUAUUUACUAGAACCAGUUAGGUUUUCACCCGUGGGAUAUUCACUGGAAUUUGUUGCUUCUAGGGAUAAGAAAAUAAAUACCUGCUAUUCUUUUGGUUAAUAUUUAAAAAAAAGACAAGUGGAUUGAAUAGUUUUAGAAAAUUUUAAGACAAAAACAGAAAAUACCGUAUCGCUAACGAUUUUUGGAAAUUUGGAGGUUAAAAAAUUUGGUCAAAAAGUAAUUAAUUAAAAAGGGGGCCACAUAAUUAGACCGCAAUUGAGGAAAAAUUUCUGAAGAACCUAAAAUCUUAAACCACAAACAAAAUUUAUCGCAAAAUAAAUUUCUGUCUUUUUCGUCCAAACUUUUGUAGCAAGAAGCUCAUGUUUGUCCAUAAACCAGAAAUACCAUAAUACAACACAAGAAGAGUUUAUUAAAAGUAUAUUUUCCCCAUAUCUCAACAACUUAUAAUCACACAGAAACUAGCAUUUAAGUACUACUAGGAUCUCAGGUGGUUCUGGAAUUGGAAUUUGCCCCAUUUAAUUAUUUCAUUUUUAUGAAAUUUCCGUACCAAUUUUGUCUAUCCAGGUAACCAGUAAAACCAAUUUUUUCAUUAACUAAAAUUUUUCGUUGUUUGUUGAACGAAGCGGCAAACUUUUAAUACUUACUACGAUUUUACAUUCAUUUAUGAACAGAUUGUAGAAAGCGUUUAUAAAAUUUAAUUCGUUGUUAAAAGCUAUCAACGCGAAUGGACCAAUCACAUUUAUUCAAUUUGGUCAGGUGAUUAGUUAAUCACGCAUUUAAUUGCGAUGAAAAGGUUAACUAAAUUUUUUGUAUAUACAUUUUUUGAAGUACAGAGACCACAUUAUAAGCGUCAGUAUUACAGAUUGGCAUUUGGAAUAACAAAACAAUAAUUUUUCAGAGAGUAAAUAUUAAAAAUUAAAAUUGUAAGUAUAAUGUAUUAAACCACAAACGCUGAUUCCUGUCUGAUUACUAAUGUUUGGGAUAUAAACUUUUAGCAGUGUUUAGCACUCUGUAUACCUACUCAUCUAUAACUUCUUUCUACAAAUAAAGAGUGAGUUUACUAAAAAUUUAUAUUUUUAUUAUUAUGACUUUAAAAAAAGCAAAAAAAACAUGCGCCGUUAUAAAUUAAAGCAAAAUCAGAAAGGUAACUAACCUUUUAUAUGUAAUUAUUAAUACGUUUAUCAACUUUUUUAAUACAUUUGUCUUUUUGAAUAUUUUUUUUAAUUUAUUUUUGCGCGUAUCAGAUAUAUAAAUAGACCUUCUGUCAAAAACCGAAAAUAUCGGUUGCUAUUAAAAAAAUUUUGACAUCAAUACUUUAAAUCCAGUGACGUCACAAAUGUUACAUUAAUGUCAAAAUGUACUAUUUAAAAAAAAUAAUCUGCCUGUUUAAGUUUUUUUUUUUGAAAAGCAAAAAUAUGAAUUUUAUACGUUACUUUAAACGCACCCAGUAUAAUCUCAAAAAUAAUUCAAACAUUUUGAAUCUACCGGAUAAUUAUAGGUAAUAAAGUUAAUAUUCUGUACAAUCAGAAACAAACAAAUUGAAAACACAGUUUACUCGAACUGUUAGGGCCGAUUUAUAGUAAGCUUCACUAAAUUUUAGUUCGUUGUUAAAAGUUUUUCGCGUGGGAAUAGACCAAUAAAAUUGGUUCAAUUUGGACACGUGAUCAGUUAAUCACGCAUUUAAUUGAAAAUAAACUAAUGACGCUACUAUAAACCAGUUCUUAGGGUAGGUUUCAUCAACCACUGUUAAAUUUAUUAAUAGAAUAAAUCUACAAAAACGAUUGUUAUAAUCAUAAUAACGAUUGUUUUUAACUGUUCAUUAAAUUUCACCAACCUUGGUGAAACCGAUCCUUAUUAAUCAUCAAAAUAAAAAAAAAGUAAAGUCUAAUGCGAAAACUUAAACUAAAUUUAAAAGUAUAUAAGUCCAGAAGUAAAAGAUUUAUGGAAAGACUUACAGAAAGCGAGUUAAAAUUUAAUUCUAAAUUAAUUAAAUUGAAUUUAGUUGCCAUUUAUUUUGCAUUGACAAACGUUAAGUUAAUCGUGAAUUAAAAUUUGAUUGCGAUUGAACGUAAAUCGGCCUCAAAAAGUCUGAAAAACCUAAAACAGCUGCUUUAUCUAGAACUUUUUAUUGCAUUUAAAUUUUAAAUCGCGAUUAAUUUAAGAUUUGUCAGUGGCAUCUUAAUUGGAAUUAGUUCAGUCCUGAAUUAAAUUUUAAUUCUCUUCAACCAAAAAUACAAAUCUGAUAAACUUGUAUUAGUAAUUCGUAGGUAGGUAGAAUUCUAACUGGAAUUGAUGAAAGUCUAAAAAUUUAAAAUUUAAAAAUUAAAACUAUAAAAAAACUUAAAAUUCUCAAAACAGAACUCUAGAUUUUAUAUUUCUUAAUUUAUAGCCAAAAUUUGAUCUGGUUGCCUAGAAAUUUAGGUAUUUUUACAGAGUUUGUGAUUUUUAGUGAUUUUGAAGCGAAUGGUUUUCUGAAUUUUUACAGGUCAUACUUACAAAUUUUUAAUUGCAGUUUUUCUUUUCUUUUAUUUUAAUGUCUUUGUUUGAUUCGCAUUUCAGUGAAUUUCUUUAACAAAGACACAAAUUAUUAUAUGUACAUUCAUUUUUAACAAAACAGAAUAAAACGUGAAAUUUAAAGCAACUUCGACGUCGUUUCUAAAAGAGUGCGGGAGUUCAGUUAAUUAAAGUGCAAAUAAACGCGACAUACGUAUUUAAAUUUCUGACAAAUUUAAAUUAACUCGUAGGUAGGUACUAAAAAAAUUAAAGCAGCCAAACUCAAAUAGAAAACCAGCAAGGAUCAACCCCAAGACCUGAAAAAAAUACAAGUAUAAAUUUUUACAAAGCUUUAACUUUUACUUCUCAAAUCAAACCAAUGUUGUCAAAUGAUAUAAAUUUUGUUUAAGGUUCUAUGCACUUUAAAUAAUUGCCAUACAUGGAACAUAAUUUGUUAUAGUUAAAUAAUGUCUUAAAUAUUUUUUUCUCUAGCUUGUAAUAGUCUGUAAUAGACUUAGAACUAGAACUAGUUUUGUCAAAGGUGGCACCUCGACUGGCUCGGCUUCCCUGACUGUGGGUUUCGUCUAAAACGGGUACAGUUCUUUUUAGAAUCAAUAUAAUAUGCAUUGGAACCAUUGUAUUAAAACAUCAGACUCAUUAAUUGUUACUUGUUGUGUACAGCUUUAGUAUUACGCUUUCGUUGUAAGCAAAUGGUUGUGCAUAUUAUAGGUCACUCGUCAAAUCCUGGUAUUUGGCUGUGGCUUCGGUGACACCAAUAGCGAAUUCUAGAGGGAGAGGCACUUGAACAUCACUCGAACCCAAAUGUACAUACACAAAAUUAAAUUGAGAGGAAUAUAUGAUUUAUUUUGUAAAAAUGCAGUAUUAAAAACCAACAGAAGAGCUAACUAAUAGCUGUGCCAAAGUAAGCAAGAACUGUUCGCUUCAACACACGAAUAUUACCAAAAGUUCCAAAAAGAGCACAUUUGUUUUCAAUUUUGGAAUUGCUGAAAAGUUCACGAAAAUUCAAUGUCUGCCUUCACUGCAUUUUGCAAGCACUGUUGAUUUUGUGCGCUGAUGUAAAUAAUGUUAUUUAAUUUAGGUCUUAAGUGCGUGAUUAUCUACUUUACGUAGAGGAAAACCUAGAGUAGAAAUAGAGCUUAAAGGAGUAUUUAUACGAAAACUAAAUUCGUUGCGUCUUUCUACAGAUUGGUGAUUACAAUUUAGCAAUAAGUCGUAGCAAACAGUUUGUCAUAUCGGAGCAUAUUCUAAAUACAAUACUUGGAAACAUAGCAUUGAUCAAUCUGUACAAAAACUGCGAGAUUUAGCUGUUAUUGUUGCAACCUGCAUCGGCUAAAUUAAAUGUAUAUAGAUAUAUUAGGUGCUACAUAAAUUCGUUUAUUUGAUGAGAAUUUGUAAAUUUUAUUACUCUAUCGACUAAGUUACCUAUUUACUAAUGUUAAUAACUGUUGUUAAAUGACGUGCGAUUUUAAUAAUUAUAACGAAUCAGGGAAUAAUGUUACAUUUACCUUGAAUUGGUUGUUUUGUUUUUAAUGUUUACGUUUGUUGAAUAAGAAAAUUGAUUGUCGUUAAUGUUAAACACUACAGUUAGCCAAGCUGAUUGCUUAUUCCAUAGUUAUAUUUAAAAUUAUAGACUGUAAUGUUUUACAUAAUUCGUAGCAGUCCUUCCUUUAUUUUUUCAAUUGUAAAAUUAUCGACGAAUGACCAACAACCCAUUGUAGUGUGCCAAUAUACUUAAAGAAAACACAUAGAUUUAAUUACAAAUAAAGCGCUUCUAACAGUCGGUUCUCAAAUUGGAAAUUCUCCAUCACAUUUUAUUUUUAUAUCGGUCACCAACUACAAAUACUAUACAAUACAUUUGUUACGUUUUUUAGCAAUCUUCUUUCACUUACAAAAAUUUUAAUGAUUAAAAAUGACACGAAUUAAAAUCUUGUUGUAACAGGUAUUUACCUAAUCAUGCACACGUGGAGGAAAAUAAUAUUAAUAACCAAAUUGUAUAUAAUCCAAAAAUUUACAAUUAUAAAUUAUAAUAUAGAUCUGUUGUUUUAUCGUUAGACUUGAAUUGUUAAUUUUGUCUGAUCUUUAUUUAUAAAUACGUAAACUUAAGUGAAUGCCACAAUCACAUUAAUUAAAUUGUUUUACACUGUUCAUACGCAAUUUUAAUAAAGAAUGAAAAUAUG